AUGGGGCGAGCAAUUUUAGCAUGGCUCAUACUACUGAGCCUUGCAAUAUGCCCAAUAAAAUCGAAUACCAUUUUCCUCUACAAAUCAUGCAACAAAACAUUGUACCCUCAGCUUUGUUACGUGUACCUCUCGCCUUUCAUAUCACGCAUCGGAACCAGUCCAAGACUCUUGGCGCAGACCGCACUUGCGGCAACCCUCAGCACCACUCGCUCAACCUCUAAAAAUCUGACGAUUUAUUCAAGAACCCACAAGAUAACUAAGAGGGAAUCGGGUGCACUACAAGAUUGUCUUGAAGAGAUAAGUGAUUCAGCAUAUGAGCUCCAUAUUUCCAUGGUGGAAAUGGGAAAGGUUCGAUCUGGAUCUGACUUUCUGUUUAACAUGAACAGUAUAGAAACAUGGGUCAGUGCUGCUUUGACAGAUGAUGAUACAUGUACGGAUGGUUUUUCGGCUAAAAGUAUGAAUGGAGAGUUAAAGAACGUGGUUCGAAAACAGAAACUUUUAGCUACAAAUGGAACUAUGGUUUUCAAGACGAAAUGGAGAUAUCAACACUCGAUGUCAUGA